CUCCCGUCGGGCCGGGCUCAGUGAGGAGACUUGGACUAAUUUGUUCCAAACAAAGUAGAGCUCACCACACUCAGGCCGAUGGUACAGUCACACUGAGCCGUUGUUUUCAGUUGUUGCAUUCUCUUUGAAUUCCUGAAAUCAGCCGUUUAAAGUGACCAGAUAUGGGUCCCGGAUAAAGGAGAGAAUCUUCCAGAAACACCGAGGACUGCGGGCUUUGGUUAGCGGGCAGAGCGCCGCGGCCCGCUGCCGUGAAGGAGCUUAGAGCCGGGAGGAGGAGGAGAAGGAGGCGCCGGCCAUUGUGUGUCAGGAACCGAAUUACAUUCUCGCCAAAUUAAAGCCCCGUCCCCAUCCCUAAUCAGCCUUCCUGAUUCUGUUCUGGGAGAGUUCAGACAAGUAUCAUCGCCAAGAUAGCCGGGCCAGGUAGGAAGAGGCACACCUCAGAUCCAGACCCCAGCAGCGGUAGUGAUUCCGGCGACGGGCGGCCUGUUAGUGCCAAGUGCCCAAAGAUGGCCAGCAGCGGUGGUAAUGGAGCGGCUGGUAAUGAGACUGUGGGCCGUCGUGGUGGGGCUCAGCAGAGGGGAGGCAGCGGUAGGGAGAACAGCUCAGACCUGUCCUCCAGUACCAGUAAGAAGAAGCAGAAGGACAGGGCCAACCAGGAGAGCAGAGAGGCUAAGAGGGCAACAGCAGCAGCAGCUGCAGCAGUAGAUGGACUUAUUGCAGAGGUCAAGAAAGAUGUGUUUGUGGACUGGAAGCAGAAUGUCAAUGAAGUAUCAGUCAGACUGCGCUGCGGGGAGGGGGUGCAGAGAAUAGAGGAUAUCAACACAACCUUCACUGAUACACACUGCCUUGUGUGCUUCCCAGAUGGACGGCAGUGGAGCUGCCAGUUGCAGGAGGAAAUUGAGGCUUCGUGCAGCAGAGUGCAGUACAAGGAGAAGGGAGGUUUUCUGCAUGUCAUCAUGCACAAAAAGAUUCCCUUUCACAUCUGGCCUUCGCUUAAGUCAAACAAGAAGGAGAAGGAGGCCGGACCUACAGAGACCAAAAAGGAAAAGGAAAGAGAGCUGGAGACGAAGCCUGUUGCCUUGGAGUCAUUAGAAAAACCCAAACUGUCCUCCUCCCAGCCAAAAGCCCCGCCCCCCUCCUCACCUGCACACAGCGAGUCCAGACGCAACGGUGGCAAAUCUGAGCGCGGUGUCAAGCGUGGCCUGAAAAACAAACCAGCGUGUGACAAGGCCACUACGGACUCUGUAGGGGGGAAAGGUGGAGCCGGAGAUGGCUCAACCACCACCAGCACCACCACCACCACCAGCAGCACCACCAGCAAGCCUGUUAAAGUUGCACAAAGCGAGCCUCAGGAGCCCAGCGCCAAGCGCACCACCGCGCAACAGCCCCCGGCCACCAAGAAGGUCACGUCACCGGCCGACAGGGACGCAAACUCUGUAGAGUCCACAGUUGCAAGUGGGAAAGCGCCACACGCACACCUGCCCGCUGGUCGGAGCCCUCAGACACAACGCAGAGAUGGAGACAACAGAGCAGAGAGACGAGGCGGCGGCCAGGAACAGAAAGCAGAAGUUGCCGUCGCUGCUGGCAGCCAUACCAACAAAACUCAGGUGGCAGAGAAGCAAAACCAGUCUUCAGACAGGUGUGGAGCGACAGCACACGGCAGCGAUAGCCAACCAGCAGCUCCUGUUGGUACCAACGACUGCCUCCAACCCGUCGGCCUCAACAAAGAAGUGGACUCUACUUCUACGGAAUCGCAGGGACAAAACACUGACUCUGAGCCAGAGAAAAAGCCUGUUGAGCAGGAAUCAGAGCAGGAUACUCUGAUCCGCCAGCAGAUUGAAUCAAAAGACGCAGAUUCGAUAUCGGCUGUCGGCACGGCUGCCAAACAAGGCCAGUCCCCUGGUCUGGCCCAGAGGCAAGGCAGCUGUGACGGAGAGGAGAAGCGGGACCAGUCCAAGGAGGAGCCUCCUCUUGAGAUGAAACAACAUGAAGUCCGAGAGCCGAUGGUGAACCUGCAGUUUGUGAAGAACGAUUCGUACGAGAAGGGCACCGACCUGAUGGUGGUUAAUGUUUACAUGAAGGGGAUCUGCAGGGACACAACCAGGGUCAUCUUCAGGGAACAGGACUUCACCCUCAUCUUCCAGACAAGUGAUGGUAACUUUCUGCGGCUUCAUUCAGAUUGUGGACCAAACACAGUCUUCAAGUGGCAAGUCAAACUCAGGAACCUGAUCCAGCCUGAGCAGUGCAGCUACUCCUUCACCCCGUCCCGACUGGACAUCACUCUGAAGAAGAGACACAGCCAGCGCUGGGGGGGUCUGGAGGCCCCCGCCACACAAGGUGCAGUGGGUGGCGCCAAGGUUGCUGUGCCCUCCAGCCCUUCCUGCAUUGAGAAGAGCCAGCCAGGCAGCAGCCAGCACAGCCUGCCAGCCAAGGAGGAGCCUCCCAGGGUGGGAGAGGAGAAACCCAAGCCCCCUAAGGCCUCCUCCCGAGUGGAGGAUGGCGGUCUGGACACUGUGGCUCCUCGCACUGUCUCUGAGCAUGUUGCCAUCACCAAGCCAGAGCCCACUGUUACCACGCCCAAACCGACCUGCAUGGUGCAGCCCAUGACUCACGCACCUCCUGCCAGCAACGAGCGCCAUGAAGAAGAGGAGGAGAAGAAAGUGUGCCUGCCUGGUUUUACAGGAUUGGUCAACCUCGGCAACACCUGUUUCAUGAACAGCGUCAUCCAAUCCCUGUCCAACACCAGAGAACUCAGGGAUUAUUUCCAUGAUCGAGCAUUUGAGGCAGAAAUCAACUGCAAUAAUCCGCUUGGAACAGGAGGCAGGCUAGCCAUAGGCUUCGCUGUGUUGCUCAGGGCCCUUUGGAAAGGAACACAUCAUGCCUUCCAACCAUCAAAACUCAAGGCGAUUGUGGCCAGUAAAGCCAGUCAGUUUACAGGCUACGCCCAGCACGAUGCCCAGGAGUUCAUGGCUUUUUUGCUGGAUGGGCUCCACGAGGACUUGAAUCGCAUCCAGAAUAAACCUUACACAGAGACGGUCGACUCUGAUGGACGUCUGGAUGAGGUGGUGGCGGAGGAGGCAUGGCAGAGACACAAGAUGAGAAAUGAUUCCUUUAUUGUGGACCUCUUCCAAGGCCAGUUCAAAUCCAAGCUUGUCUGCCCCACAUGCUCCAAGGUGUCCAUCACCUUUGACCCUUUCCUCUACCUGCCCGUGCCCUUGCCCCAGAAACAAAAGGUGCUCUCAGUUUUCUACUUUGCUAAGGAACCUCAUAAAAAACCCAUUAAGUUUCUGGUCAGUGUCAGCAAGGAGAACUCCAGCACUGCUGAAGUCCUCGAGUCCAUCUCCAGGAGUGUCAGGGUCAAACCGGAGAACCUCAGACUGGCAGAGGUUGGGAAGAACCGCUUCCAGCGCAUGUUCCUGCCGUCCCACUCCCUGGACAUGGUGUCCUCCUCUGACAUGUUGUUCUGCUUUGAGGUGCUUUCCAAAGACAUGGCCAAAGAGAGAGUGGUAUUGCUCCGAGUGCAACAGAGACUCCAGGUCCCUAAUAUCCCCAUCUCAAAGUGUGCCGCCUGCCUCAAGCCUCCAGUGUCUGAGGAAGACAAGCUGAAGAGAUGCACACGCUGCUAUCGUGUGGGCUACUGCAAUCAAGUGUGUCAGAGGACCCACUGGCCCAAUCACAAGGGUCUGUGUCGACCCAACACGGAGAACGUAGGCCUGCCCUUCCUGGUCAGCGUGCCCGAGUCCCGCCUCUCCUAUGCCCGUCUCAGCCAGCUGUUAGAGGGCUUCUCCAGGUUUUCCGUCAACGUGUUCCAGCCUCCUUUCCAGUCAGGCAGGACAUCCCCUGAAACAUCCCAGUGCCGGGUAGACCUCCCCCCAAUGCCAGCGGGCUCUCCUGAGGGUCUGGGGCCGGGAGAUGAGGCUGUGGGGGGCAGCAGUACUGUAGAGGCAGGCGAUCCGGAGCCAGAGAGUCCCUCUUUGCUAAGUGAGUCCCAAGCAGAGUACGCUCAGGCCUCAGCCCUCCACUCUGGAGAGUCAGAUUCCCUCUCCUCCUCCCAGACUUCACUCUCCACCACACGGACUGCAGAUUCAGGUUUUUCUGAGCCGAUCUCCUCCACCUCCUGCUGCUCUCUUGACCCUCAUGCUGAAAAGGAGACGUCCUGUGAGAAAGCAGUGCGGCCAGAAGCUGCAGUAACAGGGUAUCAGCAUCCAAGUGAAUCAGCAUCAGGUCAUGCCAGUCAGUUCUACAUCGCUCUGCUGGACUCCAACAACAAGGAGCAGAGGCUGGAUGAGAAAGAGGACCUUCUGGCGGACCUCCCUGAGGACGCCACCCUGGAGCUGGUGUGGAAGAACAACGAGCGGCUGAAGGAGUACGUCCUGGUGAGCUCCAAGGAGCUGGAGUAUGAGGAGGACCCCGGCUCUCUGAGUGAGACAGCCAGAGCGGGACACUUUACCCUGGAGCAGUGCCUCAACCUCUUCACAAAGCCAGAGGUGCUGGCACCAGAGGAGGCAUGGUACUGUCCAAAGUGCCAGCAGCACCGAGAGGCCUCCAAGCAGCUGCUGCUGUGGCGUCUGCCCAACGUUUUGAUCAUCCAGCUCAAACGCUUCUCCUUCAGGAGCUUCAUCUGGAGGGACAAGAUCAACGACAUGGUUGACUUUCCUGUCAGGAAUCUGGAUCUCAGUAAGUUCUGUAUUGGCCAGAAGGAUGAGAUGCAACAACCUCCUAUAUAUGACUUGUAUGCAGUCAUCAACCACUAUGGAGGGAUGAUAGGAGGCCACUACACGGCAUACGCUCGCCUGCCAAGUGACAAGAACAGCCAGCGCAGUGAUGUUGGCUGGCGUCUGUUUGAUGACAGCACCGUGACAAUGGUGGAGGAGAGCCAGGUGGUAACACGAUACGCCUACGUCCUCUUCUACAGGCGACGAAACUCCCCCGUGGAAAGGCCGCCACGCUUCCUCAGGCCGCAAGGAGCUGAGUCGCCCACUGCUGCAGGAGCUACUGCCAGCCAGGCCUCUAGCCAGUCACUAUUUGGGACAGACCUGGAUCCUGAAGGACCACCCACGUUGACCCCAGAGGUUCCCUCUGACCUCUUCCCUCACUCAGGAGAGUGUGCAGCACCAUCCUACAGCAACAUGGAGGAGGUGGACUAGUCACAGAGAGGACUGAAGGAAAAUCCAGAAGCUCCUUCUCAUUAAUAACACAGGCGUCUGAAUCUCAGAAUAACAACGGUGCAAUGGAAGAUCUGGAGGUGGUCUUUGAGGAUUCCACUGCACUCACUGGUGACAGACCUUCAGAUGCAGAUAUACAAGUGUACUAACUCGACACGUCAUUGAUAUACUCACAUGAAUAUACUCACCCAUUGAUAAACAAGCUGUACAUGUAGUUCUAGCCAUUCGGUGUAUAUAGAGACACACAGACGCUAACACACGUGUGUAAUCUGAGCUGAGUCAUCCUCAACCCACCUGACAGAGUUGAGUGGAGCCGACGGGGUCCCCACACCAACGCACCUUUGUGGUCUGGCUAAAAACCUCAACCUUGACCAGACCUGCUAAUCCCUGGCUAAAGCUACGGUCGAUUAUUAGGGUACAUUUGGGGAAUUUGAGUGAUUGUUGUAAUGUGUGUACAUUUUUUGUUUUGUUUUAUGAGGUAUUGCCUGGGUUGUUUUCUUUGUGGCAGGGUAACUUGGAUUGGAAUUGUAGCAACUGAAAAACAAUGAGAAGGGUGCUGACAUGCUACUUUUUCUUUUUUUUUUAAUACAGAGGGCACACUUCUGCUUCUGUCUUUCGUCGCUUUAUGAACUUCAUUUGGCUUCCGUUGCUGUAGCGUAUCUUCUUAUUUUUUGUACUUGUUUAGAUAUUCGAUCCUGUGGAUGCAACUGUCAAAGGCUUCAGUAUAAACUGAAAUGUGCAUGACUGCAUGUUCAGGCUGUGACCCUGUUAAAUACCCCCUCGCCCUCAAACUUUUUCAUUUCAUUAUUUCAGUUCUGCGUGUGUUGUCCAGUCUCACCCUCCUCUCCUUUGUAAUAGACUGCUUAUAUAAAGUGGGGAUUGUUAAGAAUGCUGCUGUGGAUACAUAUAAAUGGUUAAUAUAAAUAAAACAAUUUUGAGAACUGC